AUAAAUCCCCCGCCCAAAGCAUUCACGCGCUCAGAGAAAGCGCCUCCCCCUGUCGGACUCCCAUUGUCACGGGUCGCAACCGGACAAAACGACGCCACCACUUCAAAACCAGCGAGGGUGGGGAGGAGGAAAGCCAUUCGACGCCACGAGAUCGAUGGGAGAAGCACCAAAAUCCCAUCUUCUCGACCUGCUCUUCUUGUUCCUCUGCUUCCUGUGUUUCUUGUGCUCCGAUGGCGUCGCCGGCCAAACCCCCGUCUUCGCCUGCGACGUCGCCUCGAACCCCAGCCUGGGGAGCUACGGCUUCUGCAACACGUCUUACGGGACGGAGCAGAGGGUGGCGGACUUGGUGAAGCGGCUCACAUUGCAGGAAAAAGUAGGGUUCUUGGUGAACAAGGCCACGGCGGUGUCCCGUCUCGGGAUUCCCAGCUACGAGUGGUGGUCGGAGGCCCUGCACGGCGUCUCCUACGUCGGCCCGGGGACGCAUUUCUCCACCCUCGUUCCCGGGGCGACCAGCUUCCCUCAGGUCAUCCUCACAGCGGCCUCGUUUAACACUACACUCUUCCAAGCCAUUGGAAAGGUUGUAUCAACUGAAGCCAGAGCAAUGCACAAUGUGGGGCUUGCAGGAUUGACAUAUUGGAGCCCAAAUGUCAACAUAUUUAGAGACCCGAGGUGGGGAAGAGGGCAGGAGACACCAGGAGAGGAUCCUCUGCUUGCAAGCAAGUAUGCCACUGGCUAUGUGAGAGGCUUGCAAGAGGCAGAUGAACCAGAGAAGCUCAAGGUUGCUGCUUGCUGCAAGCACUACACAGCCUACGACGUCGAUAACUGGAAAGGCAUCGAGCGCUACACCUUCAAUGCCGUGGUCUCAAAGCAAGAUUUGGAUGACACCUUUCAACCUCCUUUCAAGAGCUGCGUGAUUGAUGGCAAUGUGGCCAGUGUGAUGUGCUCUUACAACCAGGUCAAUGGAGUCCCCACCUGUGCAGACCCAGACCUUCUUUCUGGUACCAUCAGAGGAGAUUGGAAGCUCAAUGGUUACAUUGUCUCGGAUUGCGAUUCUGUCAAUGAACUCUACAAUCGACAGCACUACACUAAAACUCCUGAGGAUGCUGCAGCUAUCAGCAUCUUAGCAGGUCUCGAUCUGAACUGUGGGUCGUUCUUGAGAGAUCACACCUUGGCUGCGGUCCAGGGAGGCAAGCUGACGGAGAAGGACGUGGAGAAGGCGAUCACCAACAACUUCGCCGUCCUGAUGCGGCUCGGCUUCUUCGACGGCGAUCCUAGGAAGCUCCCUUACGGCGGUCUCGGCCCCAAGGACGUGUGUACGCCGGCCAACCAGGAGCUCGCUCGCGAGGCCGCGAGGCAAGGCAUCGUUCUCCUCAAGAACGACAAUGGCUGCCUUCCCCUCGACUCCACCCGCAUCAAGUCGUUGGCCGUGAUCGGCCCGAAUGCCAAUGUCACCUUCACCAUGAUCGGCAACUACGAAGGGACACCGUGCAAGUACACGACUCCUCUGCAAGGCCUUGCGGCGAACGUCAAGACCGUGUAUGCGGCAGGGUGCGCCAACGUGGGUUGCACCGGGAACAGCCUCCAACUGGACUCGGCGAAGGCGGCCGCGGCCGCCGCGGACUUCACAGUCCUCGUCGUCGGAGCCGACCAGUCGAUAGAGAGGGAGAGCUUCGACCGGGUGAGCCUGCUCCUCCCUGGGCAACAGACGACCCUCAUCACGGAGGUAGCGAAGGUGGCCAAGGGACCGGUGAUCCUCGUCAUCAUGUCCGGCGGCCCGUUCGACAUCUCGUUCGCCAAAACCAACGGCAAUAUAUCGAGCAUCUUGUGGGUGGGGUACCCCGGCGAAGCCGGAGGAGCUGCCAUAGCCGACGUCAUCUUCGGAUACUACAAUCCAAGUGGCAGACUGCCUGUUACGUGGUACCCUCAAUCCUUCGCAGACUCAGUCCCGAUGACUGACAUGCGCAUGAGGGCGGAUCCAUCGACGGGCUACCCCGGCCGCACUUAUCGGUUCUACACCGGCGACAUCGUCUACGAAUUCGGCGACGGCCUCAGCUACACCGACUACACCCACCACCUCGUCAAGGCUCCCCGGCUGGUCUCCAUACCCCUCGAAGAGGGCCACUCGUGCGACUCCCGGCAGUGCAAGUCCGUCGACCUCGCCGGAACCGGGUGCAACGACCUGGGAUUCGACGUGCACUUGCGGGUGCGGAACUCGGGAAACAGAGCGGGGAGCCACACGGUGUUCCUCUUCUCCACUCCGCCGGCGGUGCACGGCGCCCCGAGGAAGCACCUGGUGGGGUUUGAGAAGGUCUUCUUGGGGCCGAAAGCGGUGGGCCAGGUGGUGUUCAAGGUCGACGUUUGCAAGGACCUGAGCGUGGUGGAUGAACUCGGGAACCGGAAGCUAGCGUUGGGGUCUCAUGUCCUGCACGUGGGGAGUUUGAAGCACUCACUGAGCUUGAAGGUUUGAGGCUGACGAGAGCUGUCCGGUGGCAAUAAGCUGUUCCCCAUGGAAGAAGGACCGAGUUGAGAUUAGCUUUCACCAUUCUGAUUCCUCGAAUUACAAAGUUGUAAUUUGGAAUUAAUUUGUACAUCUCAAGGGGGAAGAGAGAUUUAUGGAAAUUGUCCAUUUCUAAUUGUGUUAAUUGUCUUAUUAUACCAGAAUUUUAGCUAAUUGGUAAAUCCCAGCGUUUUUGAA